CAAGCGUACUCGCGUAUAUCUCUUCCGUUCGGCAGACAUUUUUCGUCUGGAUUCGACCUUGUUCCCUUCAGUGGAUCUUCUAACGAAAAUUAAACAUGCUGUCCUCAAGAUUGUCCCAGGUUGCUAGGACCUUCACGACCUCUGCUAUCAGGCGAGGUGGAGACCAUCAUGUUACCAUGCCUGGAGAUAACCUGCCAUUCCAGAUCAAGAACAGGUAUAGACUAACGGCCCUUUUCAUCGUUUUCUUCGGCAGUGGAUUGGCUGCUCCCUUUUUGAUCCUGCGCCACCAGCUCCUCAAGAAGUAGAGUGUUUCGUUCCAUAGAUGUUAUAGAACUGUACAGAAUAUGUAUCCUACCAAAAGAUUCAAUGAAUAAAAAAGAUUGAGGUGAUACAUUAAUUUAAAAUAAA